UUAUGGCCUGGCAAUCGUUUACUCUGUAGUGCGUCGAAUCAACCGCGUGAAUUAUUUUAUUUAUAAUUGGAGUAAUCACUCGCAAUGCAUUCAGCUCGUACGUUGACCGCCGUCAAUGGCCUGGCUCGCUGCAUCCAAAGGCAACAACUGUUGGAGGGUGGAAAAAUCGUGAGACAGCUCGUGAGACAGCUCAAUGUUCAUGAACACGUGGCCUACAGCCUCCUGAGUCAGGCGGGAAUACCUACGCCACCUUUUAAAGUUGCGAAAACGUCUGCAGAAGCUGGAGAACAUGCCAGGGGACUCGAUACCAGGGACAUUGUCCUCAAGGCACAGGUUUUGACUGGCGGAAGGGGAAAGGGAAAUUUCAAGGGGAGCGACAUUGGUGGAGUUGUAGUUUGCGAUACACCCGAAGAAGCUUGUGCAAAUGCGGAAAAAAUGAUUGGCAAAUUUCUAGUGACAAAACAAUCAGGACCCGGGGGAAAAGUUUGCAAUACAGUUAUGAUAACGACCCGGAUGUUCCCCAGAAAGGAAUUUUAUCUCGCUGUGAUGAUGGAGCGGACUUUCGGGGGCCCGGUGGUCAUAAUAUCGACGGAGGGUGGUGUGAACAUUGAGGAUAUAGCGGCGAGUCGUCCGGAGGCCAUCGCUUAUUUUCCGAUUGAUAUUGAGAGAGGAAUUUGUCCGGAUGAGGCACGAAAAAUUGCGGAAAAGCUCGGACUUGAUGAGAAGGGGGAGACGGCGGUUGCGGGAAUGAUUACGAGUCUUUUCAGACUUUUCGUUGAAAAAGAUGCUCUUCUUCUGGAGAUCAAUCCGCUGGUUGAGGACAUUUGUGGGGAUUAUUAUGCCCUGGACUGUAAAUGCAAUUUCGACGACAGUGCGGAGUUCCGCCAGAAGGAGCUGUUCGCCCUGAGAGACCCAUCGCAGAAGGACCCCAGUGAGUCCCAAGCGGAGAAAUUCAAUCUGAAUUACAUUCCAUUGGAUGGGAAUAUCGCAUGUAUGGUAAAUGGGGCGGGUCUGGCGAUGGCGACGAUGGACAUAAUAAAGCUCAGCGGGGGUGAACCCGCCAAUUUCCUGGAUGUUGGUGGUGGAGCAACUGCGGAGACAGUCAAGGAAGGUCGACGCAAUUUUCGUUAAUAUUUUUGGGGGAAUCAUGAGGUGUGAUAUUAUUGCAGAAGGUAUUAUUAAAGCGACGAAGGAGUUGGACUUGAAAAUUCCGGUGGUUGCGAGACUGCAGUACAGGAAAAUAUUGAGGAGGGGGGGAAGCACGAGUAACCGGACAGAUUGACAAGCCGCAGUCCAUUGCCAUCGGCGAGAAAGAUGGCUACCAUGUUGUCCCGGACGAUAUCAAUUGCCGAGAAUUUGGCACGUUUUAACGGCCCAAAGAUCUUAGCGUGCAAAAAUGGUCUCGCUAAGCAACCAGUGAGGAAUUUAAAUGUCCACGAGCACAUUAGUUACAGUCUCCUUAAUGAAGCCGGUAUACCCACCCCAAAGUUUGGGGUGGCCAAGACCCCGGAGGAGGCUGCCAAAUAUGCUGCCGAGCUCAAUACCAAGGAUAUUGUGCUGAAGGCGCAGGUGUUGGCGGGUGGUCGAGGCAAAGGACAUUUCAAGGACAGCAGUGUUCCAGGUGUAAAGAUGUGUGAAACGCCAGAUGAAGCUAAAGCUCUUGCUGCCCAGAUGUUAGGAAAAUUGUUGAUAACUAAGCAGACUGGUGAGGGUGGUAGAAUAUGCAAUGCUGUGAUGGUGGCACAGAGGAUGUUCCCAAGGAAGGAAUACUAUCUCGCUGUCAUGAUGGAGCGAGCAUUUGGUGGGCCUGUGAUAAUCGCCUCCAGUCAGGGAGGUGUCAACAUCGAGGAAGUAGCUGCUACCAAUCCCAGUGCCAUCAUGUACGAGCCUAUCGACAUCCAGAAAGGUAUCACCAAGGAGCAGGCCGAACGCAUUGCUGAAAAACUUGGCCUUGGUAAUGUCAAGGACUACAUUGGUAAAAUUAUUCUCAAUCUCUAUGACAUGUUCCUGAAGAAGGAUGCACUCUUGCUGGAAGUAAAUCCACUUGCUGAGGAUAUUCAGGGAAAUUAUUUUGCAUUGGACUGCAAAUGCAGAUUCGACGACAACGCGGAGUUUAGGCAGAAAGAUCUGUUUGGUCUUCGUGACUGGAGCCAAGAGGAUCCCAAGGAGGUGGAGGCAGCUAAAUUCGAUCUCAACUACAUUGCGCUCGAUGGAAACAUCGGUUGCAUGGUCAAUGGAGCUGGUUUAGCUAUGGCUACUAUGGACAUUAUCAAACUUCAUGGUGGUGAACCCGCUAAUUUUCUGGACGUUGGUGGUGGUGCCACAGCUUCAGCUGUCAAAGAAGCUUUUAAAAUCAUUACCUCUGAUCCUGGGGUUCACGCACUACUUGUCAACAUCUUCGGUGGGAUAAUGAGGUGUGACGUAAUCGCCGAGGGGAUCAUAGCCGCGACAAAGGAACUGGACCUUAAAAUUCCAGUUGUUGUUCGGCUACAGGGAACCAACGUUGACGAAGCUAAAGCUCUGAUUGCAAACGCCGGUCUGAAGAUUGUCCCAGUGGAUGAUUUGGACGAGGCGGCACGUGUGGCUGUGAAAUUAUCAACAAUCGUCAAACUCGCCCAUUCAGCUAAUCUAAGUGUCAACUUUGAGAUACCACCAAUCUCUUAGAUCCCAUUAAAUGAAUUAACUCAAUUCUGUUCGCCUCCAUUUAGACUCGCCAAAAAAAAAAAUGGAAAAAAUAUAUAUCAAUGGAUGUUUCACAGAAGCGAAAACGUUUGAAAGUGAUCUACUAGCGUCAACUUGCUGAUUGUUUUCUCAACAAAACGUCCUCUGCUUCUCUGUCGAUUUUACCUCUCUAAAUAUUUAUGAUAAUUAUGGAAAACAUGAGAAAUGCCGUUGACGUUUGUUACGCAAUGAAAAAAAAUGCUGAAGUGCAUUAGAUAGUAUAAUUCAUUAACGAAUCUGAGGAAGUGAUUACCAUGCUGAGCAUCGAAACCACUAAUUCACGUUAAAGUGCAGGCAAAAUUACUAUUGAAUAUUAACUCGUUUUACUGUCGGGCAUGAGGAUAAUUUGUAGAAAAAUCUAGCGAAUUUAUUGGGAAAUUUUAUUGAAUUUAUCUGAAGUUUUUUUUAUUUUCAUUUGGAGGAAGAAUAUUAAGGGUAAACAAUCUGUGAAUUUAAGUUGGAUAAUUCUUGAACAGAUGGUUGAAUAGAAUUUCGAUAGAAAUACAACAUAAUUCAGUGCUGAAUUCGUUAGAAUUUUCUGUGAAUUUUUUUAAAGGCAUUGAACCAAUAAUUUUUUUUGUUUGUAAUAAUUUUGAUCUUUGUGGAUCGACAGAUCUGCGAUUCAGUAUUAAGUUAUGAAAAUAAUUGGUAACAGGGGCAAGAGAAAAUUCUGCAAUUGAUUCGGUAUUUGCACAUGGAGGGGGAAGCUGGUGGAAUUUAUUGUUCAGCGAGUUUUCCCCUCCAUCGUCCACGUCAAUAACUGAAUCAUUUUGUUUAUUUAAUACGUGAGUUUGAGCGAGAAUAAUUUAACCACUGAAAUCAAAGUUGUAUUUUAGCCUGUCCAAUGUAACAUAAACUAUCCAUGUAAUACAUAUAAAUUAUUUUACAUAAAUUAUUGCUUUAUUUCCAUUCUA